AUGGCUGGUCUGGCAAGGCUACGUCGGUUCGAUUUGUCCACGCCAAUGAGAAACGUCAAAUUAAACGCCAUGGAAGAAGCAAAGGUUAGCCAGUCUUCCUCCACCGCAGCCACCACCGCCGCCGCCGCCGUUGCAGACGGGGACGCGAUCGCUCCCACGUUUUCCGGCGCUUCCGGUGCCGUGAUCCCCGCGGUUGAAGCCGCCGGGGCUAGUUCCUUCGCAGCAGUUUCGCCGUUGAGUCCUGGCUCGCAUGAUCGCCAGAGCGGCUCGAUUAGCGACGGUACUGCGGCUGCUGCUGCGACUGCGCUAUUGUUUCGGUCGCGGAAACCGUCGCUGCUGCGACCCAAUGCGACGAAUCGGCUGGAAUGCGCGAGCGACUCGUCGCCAGUCUUCGCGCAGAAUGUCGGUGUAGGAGCGAAACGGGGCGCCCGUGUCACCACGCAGACCGCGGGGGCGAUUUCCAGCGUCCUCCGCCUGGCGCCUUCCGCCGACGCCACGCGCGGAGGAAAAGGGGACGACAGCGGGCGGAGCGGAGAAGCGCAGAGGCGCAAAAGCGGGCAGGCGGAGCAGCGGCGGGGGGAGGGGGUAUCCCGGGCGGAAGAUGAGGGGAGUUUGACUGACGAGGAGGAGGAGGAGGGGCAUCGGCGGAGGGUGCGUCUGGGGAAGGAGCGGCGGUUGGGGCAGCCGUGGAACUUGGGGAUUUCCCCCGCCGGCCAGCGCGCGUUCCGCCGGCUGCUGCUCGGCGCGGACGGGGAGCGGGGGAAAGCGGAACGGGUGCUCGGCGCAUCUGCGGGAGCGGAGGCGGAGAGGCAGCAGGGGAGGGCAGGGAACUUCGGGAGAGUGGAUCGGUGGUCGCGACGUGCGCAGGGGCGGGCGGGCGAUGGGCGCGCGGAUGGUCUGGAAUGCGGAAAGGACGGGGAAGAGCUGGGGAAAGGGGAAGGGGAUUUUUCGGGGGAGAUAUCGGCGAGUGAUAUUAUGGCGAUACUCAAGGGGUUGGGGAACAAGGGGCGGUGGCGGGAUGCGGUUGCGGUGUUUCACUGGGCGCGCGGGUGCGGAAAGAUCGGCGGAAGCUGCGCGGAGGGGGAAGAGGCUUGGCGGGAGCGCGGGAAUCCGAUGGUGUCGCUGGUGCUGCGCAUACUGAGCCGAUGCGACCGCCCGAAUGAGGCGGACGAUUUGUUCCGCGCGCUACUGGCGGACGGGUGCGCGCUCGACGUGUACGCAUACACCGCCAUGAUGAGCGCGCUCUCGCGCGCGGGGCGCUUCAACGACGCGAUCGCGCUCUUCCACUCGAUGCGCGCCGAUGCGGGCGUGGCGCCCUCUAUAGUCACAUUCAACGUGGUCCUCGCCGCGUACGCGCGCAAGCGCGGGUGCUUUCACCACAUGGCGUCGCUUCUGCAGGAGAUCCGGACCGUUGGAUUGACUCCGGAUGAGUAUACGUAUAACACGAUGAUCUCGGCGUGUGCUGAUGCGAUUGCGAAUGAGGAUUUCGGGGAUGUGCCUUGGCUGAAACCGACACGUGUCACGUACAACGCGCUGCUGGACGUGUACGGGAAGGCAGGCCACGUGGCACUCGCCCAUUCGGUGCUGGAGUCCAUGCUGGAGGCGGGCGUGCGGCCGAAUCUGGUGACUUAUAACGAGAUGAUCAGCGCGUGCGCGCGCAAGGGGCUGUGGCGGGAGGCGCGCGGGAUUGUGGAGUCCAUGCUGCGCGGAGGGGAGGCUGAGGGGGAGGGGGAGGGGAAGGGGGAAGGGGAGGCGGAGGGCAAGACGUACGGGAAGGGCGGGCAGGUUGAAAAAGUGCGGGAAACUUACGAGAUUAUGCAGCAGCAGGGCUGUUUCCCAAACCUUUUCACCUUCAACAUUCUCCUGGACAUUUACGGGAAAAACAAGCUCUUUGCUGACGUGGCAUGGGUCAUGGAUGAGCUGGCAGCGAGCGGGAUCAAGCCCGACGUGGUGACGUGGAACACCCUGAUUCGCUGCUACGGCCAGGCGCAGAUGCUGCCGAAAGUCGAAGCUACAGUAGAGGCGAUGCGGCGAUCCGGCUGCCGCCCGAAUCGGCGCACCUACAACGGUCUGAUUGACGCGUUUGGACGGUGUGGAUCUGCCGCUGACGCAGCAGCGGUCUUCGAAGCGAUGAAGUGUGCCGGGCACACGCCAAACACAGCCACCUAUAUCGCCCUUCUUGCCGCCCAGUCCCGAGAAGGCCUGUGGGAAGAAGCCGAAAACACCAUUGAGACAAUGAGACGAACCGGUUACGCUCCCGACGCCCUCGCUUACUCUUGUCUUAUUCACGCUUACGCUACAGCCGGGGAUGCGAGCCGGCUUCUAGACGCGGUUUCCCGGCUGGAAGCUACCGGGAAGAUUCCCAGGUCUACCUCCCCCAGGUGCCCCUGGGAGGUGCACAAGUCGCUGGUUUUGGCGUUUUGCAAGUGUGGGUGUGUGGGGGAGGCGGAGGAGGCUUUAGAGAGGAUGAGGGGGAUGGGGCAUGUUCCCGAUCUGGUGGUGUGGAAUGCGGUGCUGGGGAUGUAUGGGCGGUUGGGGAGGGUGGAGAGGGCGGAGAGAGUGAGGGGGGAGAUGAGGAGGGAGGGAUUGGGAGGGGAUGUGGUGACUCAUAAUGUGAUGAUGAGUGUGUAUGGGCGGGAGGGCAUGAGUGAGAGUGUGGAGAGGGAAUUUGAAGGCAUGAAGACCAGGGGUGUUGCGCCCGAUGCUGUCUCAUACUCCUCGGUGGUUCUCACCCUCUGCAAGGUGGGAAGAGUGGAGGCAGCGACUCGCUACGUGGCAGAGUGUGAAGCAGCUGCUCUCGCCCUCUCCCCUGCUGCGCUCAACGCCUUUGCAUCGGGCUGCAUUUCUGCUGGGCGCCCCACUGAUGCCGUCAGGGCAAUGGAAGCAGCAGAGAGACGGGCGGGCAGGUGA